CAAAUUCCGCCUUCAAUAAUUUUGAUCCACUCUGUUUCAAGCUGUCAUAAAAAUGUCGUCUUCUUCUUCUUCUUCCUCGCUUAAACCCAUUAAUUCAAUUUCCUCAUAGCCAGCAACGAGAUCUGGCAAAUUCUAUCAUUCUACUAUGCUUCGUAUAGUUCAAAUCGCGCUUCUUUGUUUCGUUCUCGCCGCCGGGAUCUCGAUCUCCGCCGUGAUCGCAGAGAACGAAUCUAUAGACGAGAUCCUUCUGGCGAACGGAUUGCCUUUGGGGAUAUUUCCGAAAGGCGUGAAAGGGUUCAGCGUUAAUGGCGAAACGGGACGGUUCUCGGUUUAUUUGAACCAGUCAUGCCAGGCUAAGUAUGAGACAGAGCUGCAUUACGACGAGAUUGUUUCAGGAACGAUAGGUUAUGCUCAAAUCGGGGAUUUGUCGGGAAUCUCAGCGCAAGAGCUGUUCUUGUGGUUUCCGGUUAAAGGAAUCCGAGUCGACGUGCCGAGCUCUGGUCUUAUAUUCUUUGACGUUGGUGUUCUUCGCAAGCAAUACUCUUUGUCUUUGUUCGAGACACCGAGAGAUUGUGUUGCGGUUCGUAGCGAUGCUGAGUUUAUUGGUGAAAACAAGGUUCAGUCUUCGAUGUUGCCAUUGCAUGAUUCAUGGUCAGAUGCUUCAUUCUUUCCCUUCCCCCAUUCCAGUGUUGUUUCUGCAUUGCUUUCUCCAGACUGCGUGCGGGACAGAACCGAGAGAAUCUGUGAGCGGAAGUUAGACGGUCUGGUGAGAGAGACGCUGGGACACCCAUGUGGUCGUACAUUUUUGUCGGCUUUGAUUCAGCUAGUGCCGUGUAGACCAUCAGUGGCUCCGUUUAGCACAUUGCCUCCGAACAAGCUAUGUUGCGCUGCUAUCAAGAUACUUGGUCAACCUUGUCUAUGCGUUCUUGCCAAGGGACCACCCAUCGUUGGCGUUGACCGGACCCUCGCUCUCCAUUUACCUGGAAAAUGUUCUGCCAAUUUUCCUCCAUGUAAUUAAUUUUAUUUCUCUUGUUAUCAAUUUUUUGGAAUAACUUUACUAUAACAUCACAAAAUUCUCAAGUUUUUAGGCCUAAGAGACUUCAGACUUAGGCAAUAUUGUAUUUAUAUAAUUUUGGUAGCAAUGUGACUAAAAUGUUAGUUAAUUC